AGAACUCCUGCUUGACUUUCCAUGGCCGAUUCCGGUGACACAGUCCAACCAAACACGCACCAACACGACAGCGACCCGAGCAGAGCCGUGGCGCCCCGCCUCAUCCCACCCUCCUUCCUCAUCCCUUUCUUGCUUGAUCGGCCUCGCCUCUUCAUCCUCCGCCCAAGUUUUCAAGCACGCAUCGUUGGUCCUUAAUCGGUUCUCCGCGCCCGAUUUCCCCGCGCUUCUAAAUGGGGAGUCGGCGGUGGGUCGCGGCGGCGGCGGCGGCGGCCAUGGUGGCCUUCUUGCUGCUGUCCGCAGCCUCGCACGGAGGACGGAGAGGACCCAGUUUCAACAGCAACAACCGGACUUUUGUUUUUAAUUAUACCCUAGCGAAGACUAUUGUGGAAUAUGCUUCAGCAGUGUAUAUGACGGACCUAACAGCUCUAUAUACAUGGACAUGCUCAAGAUGUAAUGACUUGACUAAAGGCUUUGAGAUUAGGUGUAUAAUUGUCGAUAUCCAGAACUGCUUGCAGGCAUUCAUUGGUGUUGAUCAUAAUCUCAAUGCUGUAAUCGUUGCAAUCAGGGGAACUCAAGAGAACAGUGUACAGAACUGGAUUAAGGACCUGGUAUGGAAGCAAGUUGACCUAAACUAUCCAAACAUGCCUGAUGCGAAGGUCCACACUGGAUUUUACUCUGCUUACAAUAAUACACUUUUACGUCCAGCCAUCACAAAUGCUGUUCGCAAGGCAAGAAGAUUGUAUGGAGAUAUUAGCAUAAUAGUUACAGGGCAUUCGAUGGGAGGAGCUAUGGCUUCUUUCUGUGCACUUGAUCUCGCUAUUAGCCUUGGAAGUGACACUGUUCAUCUCAUGACUUUUGGGCAACCACGUAUUGGCAAUGCUGCCUUUGCCUCCUACUUUGAACAAUAUGUACCCAGUGCGAUCCGAGUGACACAUGAACAUGAUAUUGUGCCUCAUUUACCCCCUUAUUUCUUCUUCCUUCCGCACCUGACAUACCACCACUUCCCUAGAGAGGUAUGGGAACAUGAUGUUGAUGGCAACACAACCUUCCGAGUUUGCGACGGCAGCGGAGAAGAUCCAGAUUGUUGCAGGAGUGUGUUUGCGUUGUUCUUGAGCGCCUCAGACCAUCUGACCUACAUGGGUGUUGAGAUAGCAGCAGACGACUGGAGCACCUGCAGAAUCGUCAUGGCCCAGAGCGUCGAACGGCUCCAAUUGUAUCUUAAGAGUCAUGUUAUCACGUGGAAGAACCCUGUCGAUAUCAUCAUUGCAGAUCAUAGCGUGCAGACUGAUCCGAGCAGUUCCAGCUAGUCAUUAUUCAUACAAGCUGGUGUAUAGUGUUGUCAGCAUUUGCAUGGUUUUAGGCAUUCAGCCAAUGGGAUGGUUUCAACAUUUUUAGCAUGACAGAUAUGUGGUUCUUUUAUCUGUAGCUUGUAAAUGUAGAGAGAUGUGCAGAAGCAGAACACCAAAGUGUCAUAGGGACAAGUUUCUCAGAAUCUUGGGUCCAGUGGUAGUACAUGACUAGGUUUUUUUUGGAAGUGUUAAAAUUUUGUUGAAUAUGUGUAUAGGACUACAGUUAGGCCACACAAGAGAUUUAGGUGUUUGAGUCAAACAUUUGUAAUAUGAGCUUAUUAUUAUAUAAAGGCACCACGGGUAGCCAAAAUAGACUAUGACGGAGUUGGUAGCA